AUGUGGGAACGCUUGGGCACAGCUGAAGCGGCAGAACUGAAUCUCCAGCGGUGCUCUUCGGAAGUCGCGGCUCCCCUAGUUGCAGCCCCUCUGCGAAGCGAGGCAGCUGCACAACACUUCCUGCGCGAGUUGUACGCCGUCUGGAACCUCAAGAAGAAGGUUGUCGACCCUGCUGCACCGCACUUCGUUGCCCUCGCGGAGGAGAACUUGCGAUUCGCCCUCUUUCGAUCUCAAACCUCCGAUAGACCUUCGCCAUCUGCCUCCGUCCCCGUCAAGAUUGUCGCCGGUGAAGGCAAGCCCGCCGAGGGUCAGGUCGAGUCGAAGGUCGUCCCGAAGCACAAGAAGAACCCGGAAGUCGGCGACAAGACGACCUUCUACGCCGACACGAUUUACGUCGAACAGGCGGAUGCGGCAAGCUUCGCGCAGGACGAGGAGCUCACCCUCAUGGACUGGGGCAAUGCCUUCGUCCGUACGAUCUCCCGCUCGUCCGACUCCGGCCCCGUCAUUUCGCUCGAGAUGGAGCUCAACCUCGCCGGCGACUUCAAGAAGACGAAGAAGAAGGUCACCUGGCUCGCAAGCCCGAAGGCGCCGUCGUCGCCCGAGGAUUUGACGCUGGUCUCGCUCCUCGAUUACGACUACCUCAUCACGAAGAAGAAGCUCGAGGAGGACGACAAUGUCGAGGACUUGAUCAACCCCAAGACGGAGUACCGACGCGGUCGCGAUCCUCGCACUGUCGCUGCUCCGCUUGCUCACCCUCGAUUUCGCCGAGCCAUCAUCCAGUUUGAACGCAAGGGCUUCUACAUCGUCGACCGCGCCUUCGACGCUUCGAACCCGUCCCAGAAGGUCGAGCUCAUCCUUAUCCCCAAGGGCCGCGCGAGUUCCGUCGCCCCCAAGCACCAAGCGCCGGCAGCGCCCGCCAAGGACGCUUCGAAGGCUGCGAAGACGCCGUCGAAAGGACAAGCAGGCUGCGGAGAAGGCGAAGAAGGGCGCCGAGGCGAUCUCGCUUCCGGAACUUGCGCCCGCCGAGGCUGUCGAGGUUGUUCCCAAAGAGCGACGGCUCGCGUCGCUGUGACGUUCCUGUCAAGGACCAAGAUGUACAAGGUCGACAGCCCGCACGGCCACGAGGCGUACGAGACGCCGACGACGACGACGUCCAUGUACGGGUUGGAGCACGUCAACGAAUAG